AUGACGUCACCUACCGGUACGUGCUGAGGGCCGGCCCUGAUUUGCGGAGGACCGGAAGGAAACCACCGUUUUACGAGAGUGGGGGUAAGAGACCGGGAAAUGGUGGGGGGAGGGGAGAGAGAGGAGGGGACGAUGGAAUGAAAUGCGGAUCACAGGGGCUGGUUCCCAAUAUAACAAUGUGUAAUAACACCAUGACACGGACACAACUGGACACAAAGCAUCACCAUGCGGGGAGUGAGGAGAGGGAAACAACACAACAACACACUGCACGCUGUAACACACUGACACAGAUACACUAUACACACUGCAUGCUGUAACACACUGACACAGAUACACUAUACACACUGCACGCUGUAACACACUGACACAGAUACACUAUACACACUGCACGCUGUAACACACUGACACAGAUACACUAUGCACACUGCACGCUGUAACACACUGACAGAUACACUAUACACACUGCACGCUGUAACACACUGACAGAUACACUAUGCACACUGACAGAGAUACACUAUGCACACUGUAACACACGGACAGAGAUGCACUAUAACACGCUGGAAGAGUAAGAUGUACCUAAACACAUAAACAGACAAAACAUAGGGCAAUAUCGUUAAUCAACCAUCAACCCCUUAUUUCAAUGUUGCACUCACAAAAUUGGAGAACAUUCAGGCUCAUUGAUAAUGCAUGGACUCAGAGGUUCACCAUUGCUCAGAUAUCCAGUGAUGCAUGAAAAAAAUAAACAUAGUACAGCGCUGAUAUAAAGUAAAAUCACACACUUUAAUGAAUGUACGCUUUACAGUGUACAAGGAGUUAAAAGGACCAUCAAUACAACUCUGCGUUCCCAAUCUAUAUCGUGUUGAGUAGAGGGUUCUUCACAGGAGUAGUAGGCAAGGAAGACUAUAUAUAUUUUUACUCCUGAUGAAUUCUAAUACAUUAGACGAAACGCGUAAUGUUUAUUUUUAAUUGCAUAGAGAUAUAUAAAUAUCUCUAUGCAAUUAAAAAUAAACAUUACGCGUUUUGUCUAAUGUAUUAGACUUCAUCAGGAGUAAAAAUUUGAUAAUACACAGAUAAGGUGCUUAAAUCACUUUGAGGACCGAAGCUGUAUUUAAAAGUCCCUCCUGCAGGUGUUAGAAUCCAUUCAGCCAAUCCGCUUUUCUCAAUUUGCUUGCUUAUAAUUGUCCGUUCAAUCUCUUCCUUAUAUGGAGUUCCGGCGGAAGUCGGUGGAACGCACGUGCGUUUCACCUAUCAGGAAGUGUUUUGACCGGCAUCCACCGGAACUCCAUAUAAGGAAGAGAUUGAACAAGGGUUCAGUGUCCCCUUUUCUCGCCUCUUUUACUUCUCAUUUUUUUCAUCUCAUCAUCAAUCAGUUUUGUUCACCCUUUUUUCUUUGGUCAUCUGUCUUUUGCCCUCCUCCCCGUUCUCUUGAUCUCUUACCUAACUCUUCUCUAGUCUGUACACUGCUUUCUCCUGCCUCUCAAAACAUAUCUCCGUACUCUUUUUUGUAGUUGUAUGUGCUGUAAGUUUGGGGUGGGGUUUGAAUACAUUGGAAAUUAAGCUUACAUGUGUACAUACUCUCUGACAAAGGUAUACACAUGCACACAUGAGACACUGACAUUUACAUACAGAUACAUGUUCUCACAUAUUUACAUUUUUUACUUUUCUUAGAAUGUUCCAACAAACUGCAUGAGGUGGCCAUUUAUAUUUAUUUUAACAGAGAUUGCUAUUUCCUCUGGGGUUGAUGGUUGAUUAACGAUAUUGCCCUAUGACUUGUUUUGUCUGUUUAUGUGUUUAGGUACAUCUUACUCCAAGAUACAGCACAUUGUGCCAGGUGGCUAUUCAGAGGGCAGCUAGGAAGUGACCAUGCAGCAUUUCAGCAGGGGGUUAGUGUACAGUACUGGAUUAGGGUUAGGGAAGGGUUGGUAUAGAGUUAGGGUUAUCUACCAAAAAUUAAUUUAGAUUCAGGACUGAUACAUAAAUCUGUUUUGAGUUCUUUGUAUUUAGUUGCAUUUGAUGUGUAAAAAUUAUUCUACGUUAAAGGGGAUGCUAUAGUCAUACUAGAACAACUAUUGCCUGUCCCUGCAGGCAUUUCAAGGGAAACUAUAGUGCUAGGAAAACAAAAUUAGUGCCACCCUCCCUCGUGCCCCCACCCCUUGAUUCUAAAUGGGUUAAAACCCCAUAUAUCACUUACCUGAUUCCAAUGCCGCUUGUUUAGGCUCCGCCAACAUGAGCUGUGGGGGGAACCUUAUGCACAUUUGUGGCGAGCCUCCCUCACUAUAGGACUUCCUAUGGAUAAUGGAUUACUUUGUAUAAUGCUUUCCUAUAGGAUUUUGGGUGACGCUGGAUGUCCGCAUGCACUGCAUGAGGACGUCCAGCGUUGGGCAACCAAAAGUUGCCUAACCACCUGGAAGUCUAGUAGACAGCCACUAGAGAUGAAGUUAAAGGACCACUCUAGGCACCCAGACCACUUCAGCUUAAUGAAAUGGUCUGGGUGCCUGGUCCAGCUAGGGUUAACCCAUUUUUUAAUAAACAUAGCAGUUACAGAGAAACUGCUAUGUUUAUUAAUGGGUUAAGCCUUCCCCCUAUUCCCUCUAGUGGCUGUCUCAUUGACAGCCACUAGAGGCGCUUGUGUGCUUCUCACUGUGAUUUUCACAGUGAGAGCACGCAAGCGUCCAUAGGAAAGCAUUGUAAAUGCUUUCCUAUGCGACGGGCUGAAUGCGCGCGCAGCUCUUGCCGCGCGUGCGCAUUCAGCCCAGGAGGAGGACAGGAGGCAGAGAGCUCCCCGCCCCGCCCAGCGCUGGAAAAAGGUAAGUUUUUAAACUUUUCCCCUUGCCAGAGCCGGGCGGGAGGGGGUCCCUGAGGGUGGGGGCACCCUCAGGGCACUAUAGUGCCAGGAAAACGAGUAUGUUUUCCUGGCACUAUAGUGGUCCUUUAACCCCCAAAGGCAAUUAUUGCAAUUUCUCAGUUAAGGGGACUGGGACACAGCACCCAGACCACUUCAAUGAGUUGAAGUGGUCUGGGUGCCAAUAUUGUCUCUUUAAUGUAAACACUGCCUUAUCAGAGCAUCUCUGUGAGGAGAUGCUGAUUGGCACGUCAGAAUUGAUAUCAGCCAAUCUAAUGCGUUCCUAUGGGAAAGCAUUGUGAUUGGCUGGGAUAAUCAAUUCUGAUGAUGUCAUCCAAUAAGACGGUUUGGGGGUGUGGUAAGUAUUCUUCUUUAGGGGAGCAAGGUGGACCUACAUUGGUUUUUAACACUAUAGGUUCAGGAGUACACGUUUGUACUUCCUAUAGUGUUCCCCCCCAUUUUUAAAAUUUUAUUUAUACUUUGUGUUCUGUUAGGUAUACGUAUAGGAUGUUAGAAGAAAGCCAUUUUUGUCCUUUAAAAACAAUGUAUAAUAUGUAUGGGUGCACUUAAAGAUAAAUCCUUAAAUUACAUAUAGCAAAACAUGUAGGUGUAUUUUUGAUUCAGAUGUUAAGGGGUUAAUCAUGCACUUAACCAGCCUUUAUCGGCUCCCAACAAGAUAACAGAGACUGGGCAUCAAAAGAGAACCAAGAGGGUUGAACCUGAGCAUGCAGGCCGCUGAAGCACUAAGCAAGAGAUAUAGGGGAAAAGACAUAAUAACAGUAGUUGCAAUAAGGCAAGUGGCCGCAGGGGCCCUUAAUGAAAGGGCACAGACAAUUCUCGUGGGUCCCCUUACUUAAUGUUCCACAUGGUGUGAAUGCGAUUUUGACACUCAGACCUGUGGCACUGGCCCAGGGGUACAGUAGCUUGUUACAGUAAGCAUUCUGUUCUAUCUAAUACCUCAGGCCAUGUGUUGGUAUAAAGGUGUAUAUAAGUCCCAAUCACAAGGGAGUAGGAAUUUAGUUUAUCAGAGAUUUCUCCAUGUAUAUGGUAUGUUUGUUGCUGGCUUUUUGAUCUUAUAUAAAAAAAAAAAUCGUAAUAAGUGUUAUUACCGCCCCAAAAUGGUAUGACCAUUGCUGUAAAAACUGCCAUUUUCUCAAGGCCAUUGUCUUCCUACACCUAUAUGAAAGCUCAGUAGGUUACUUCCAGACCACCAGUCCUCCAAAAUUCCUAGUUAUUUUACAUUCUAAUAUGAAUGUAAAUUAUAAGACUACUGGGGGGUUAAGCUGUGGCAUAGUCAUCCCUAAUAAACCGUGAUAGUGAUCCCAACAUUAGAAAUAUUUGGGUGACUGUGAAAUCAUGCAUUUCUCCUCUCCUAACAGAUAUUUUAUCCUUAUCUUAAAAGUUAUCACCUUUUAUUUUUUUCCCCCCCUCCAUUAGGAUUUCUUGUGCGUGGGAAAUACACAUGUGUACUGAAUCUGGUCUCUGCGGCUUAAUGUUUUCAUGGUAAGUGACACUUAGCUUUGCAAUAAAGCAUUCUGAAAGGCUUUAAGAAUUUUGCAGUUCACUGAUAGGUAUGAUAUAUUGGUAGCUAUGCAUAUCUCUUCUAAAGGAGAGAAAAACACCUACUUUGCUCCUCCUCUUUCAGAGACUCAGCCAAAGGGCAAUAACAUCUGCUGGUAGGAGUGGAUUUUUUUGUUGCCCUUCUGGUUGGAAAGUCUUUGUUUGAAAGCUAGAGAAAGCACCUUUUCCAUCUGUCUCUCUCCCAUCUGCUAAAUUAGGAAUUGACUUUUAGGAAAAAAAAAAAAAAAUUAGGACCCACGAGUCAGUGAAUAUUUCCAAAGUGUUCUUCUCCAUGGAUUCUGUUUACCAAGUCAAGUAAAAAGACUUGCAGUUAAAGAAAAAAAGUUACGUAUUAUCCUAAAGGUUUAAUUUACCACAAUAAGAUUCAGGUCAAUUCAACUCCAACUGAUAGUGAAUUAAACUCUAUUAUCCCUAAAUUUCUCAAUAAUUAGUUCCCACACGAUUCUGGACUAUAUAGGUGUCUGCUGUAUGCAGACGCUGGAUGCAUGGUUUCAGAGCAGACAGUAAUAAAAUAAUUUUAAAAAUACAAAAACAUGUGCCCCCUUACGGACAGGGGCAAUUGUACAAGUUCAACAACAAAACAGAAUUUGAGUUAUGUCUGUACACUCAUAAUUUAACUCUUUAAUAUUAAGUGCACCCACACUUGUCAUUUUGUUCAGGAAAAAUUAAUUUCAAAUCAAAUAUUUAUAUAUUGAACACAAUUUAAUAUGAAUAAAAUUUUAAAUAAAAGUGUGAGAAAUUAAGAACUUUUGUUAUUUUCCAAGUUCUGCAUGGAAUUUAAAUGUGAUUGUCAUAAUACUGUUUGUUUUUACUGAAAUAAAACACACACACUUGUAUGCUCUGAUGUCCCACGGGUACAUUGAUGUCCCCCGUCUACAGGUUUUGUGGUGUUUUGGAAAUUACAGGGUCAAAUAUAGGGCUUGCCCAUUUCAGUUUGCCUGAUUUGUUUGCUUGGCCUAUGUUGCCUUUGAGGCCAUAUGGCAGCCAAGGUUUGAGAAUUACCUGCAUCUUUGGCAUACUAUUUGCAAAAGUAAACACAGGGUAUUUAAAAUGGGACUUGUGCAGUCUUUUUCUGUAACCAUUGGUCACAAACCCUGGCCAAAGUUAGUGUUCAUAUUUUUUUUUUAAUUUGCGUUUUUCUCACAAGUACUGCACAUUUACUAAUGAUAUAAUCAUUAUUAUACGUUUUGCUAUUUUAAAUCACUCUUGUGUUCAGUGAAGUCUCACAAGUACAACAGUAUUCCCCAUGUACAGGUUUUAAUGGUUUGGAAAGUUACACGGUCAACUAUAGGGCUUGCAAAUUAAAUUCUCUGGACCAAGCAUGUCAAACUCGCGGCCUACAAUGAAUAUCUUUGCGGCCCAGCAAGCCUCGAGUUUGACAUACUACACUCUCUGUAGUGAUGCCGAAUGCCGGAAUAUGGCGUCAUUCCGGCACCGGGCAUCAGUAAACUGCACGCCUGAGUGAGCAGUGAGGAGCAUGGAGGAGACAUCCCAAGAGAAGAUCCCCAGGGAGAGGCCCCACACCAGCUCCCAAAGAAAGGGAACAAUAAAUAAAAUUAUUUGUGUGCAGGAAUGUGUCAGUGUGUCUGUCAUAGUUUGUGUGUGUGUUUGUUUGUCAUAGUGUGUGUGUCUGUCAGUGUUGCGAUGGCCGCAGCUGGACAGUGAAGGUGCAUGGAGGCAUGUAACGCCACGUCUCAUUCCAACGUGACGUCAACGUGUUCCACCUUUACCGGGUUUCAAUGAGUAGUGGGAGGAGCUGCUUUGGCACAGGGUGCGGACAGCGCCAUUGGGGGUAUACCUAAGGCUGGACCCUGGAGUUGCAUACUGGCAGCAGCAAUUUGAGUGGAGACUGCUUGUUGGCUAAUACUGUUUUGUUUUUUGUUUUUAAACAAGGGCCGGGGUUUAGUAGAGGGGGAGGACUGGGAAUUAGUAUAGAGGGGAGGGGAUGCUGUUUGUGUUUUUUUUUUUAUACUGUACUUUUUAAAACAAACCUACGUUUCUAUGAAAAUUUUUUUUUUUUUUUUUUUACGGCCCACAUAAACUUAAACCUUGUUUAUUUGGCUUGGCCCAUGCUAGCCCUUGAGUUUGACAUGCUUGCUCUGGACCUUUCUGCCUGGUUGGCAGGCAGGCCCCUUAAUAUAGAAUUAAUAAAAUCACAUAAUUAUGUACCAAUUCAUAUAUAUAUUUUGAGUUUUGAUGGCUCAUAACAUCCAUCCAUUUUAGAAAGAUAACUUAAUGCAGAAUGUGAGGCAACACACUUUAUUAGAAAAUGCAUUUAAAAACAAGUUGUAUACAGAAACCAUAAUAAAGUGAAGAAAACCACGGUAAACUAUAACCUCUAAAUAUUUCUGUUUGUAGUGAAUCGGGAAACCUUUUGCCACUAUUAAAGUCUUACAACAGUGUCCCAUGGGGUGAUCAGGUGUUAUAAAGUGAAACCAUGAUCGCUUCUACCAAUUAUCUUUUAUUUCUUGCUUGUGUCUGACUAAGAAGUAAUAGACUCCACAGAUUUUCUGCACUUGUCAGGGCUAUUAUCUGGCAGUGUAUUGUGUAAUUCCUGAAAGCACUUUGUGCACACAGCAACAACAUGACAAAGAGCUAAAUCCUGAUGAUACAUGCUUUAUUUACCUCACAAAGUUCAUGUGCCGAAAGCUUUAACCCCUUAAGGACACAUGACAUGUUUGACAUGUCAUGAUUCCCUUUUAUUCCAGAAGUUUGGUCCUUAAGGGGUUAAAGGAACACAAGCGUAUAUUCCUGACCGUAUAGUGUUAAAACCCAAUUUUAGCCCCUGAUCCUCCUUACCCACUUUAAAUAAAGUAAAAACGUACUAUUUUUCCAGCAUCUUGUGGAUCUACUGCUGAUGGCCCCGCCCCCAAUCAGCCUAAUUGGCUGACACCCUAGGGUAUUUCUAAAGGCAUAUUUUGAACCUUAUCGUGGGAAAUGUUUUUCGCUAGUUUGUACCAAGUGUAUUGGUAAUUAGCAUUUCUCUUCCUUUUUAACAGACACAGUAAUGUAUUACUGUAUAUUUUGCAAACCUUGUGUGUGCUACGACAGUAUAAUACUUUAUAAGAUGCUCAGCUAUGUUUUCUGAGUACAGCAAUACCCCUGUAUGUACCUUUCCCAGGUAAAUGUGGACAUUGAAGGGGCACAUUUGAGAGACAGCCAUUUCACAUUUUUUCCUACUUAGAAAUUUGACGCUGGGUCCAUGUUCCCUUUUUGAGCAUUUUAGCAUGUUGCUAUUUCAAACUACCCCACAGAGGCACACCAAAGUAUUUCAAAAGGCAUAUUUUGAACCUUAGCAUUGGAACAUUUUUUUUCACUAGUCUGUACCAAAUGUAGUGGUAAUAAGCAUUUUUUUUUAAGCUUUUUUUAUUUUUUAUUUAAUGUAAUGGCCAACAGUGAGCUAUAAAGGCAUGAGAUAGAAAAUCAAUGCACAUUUUUAUAUUAAAGGUGGGAAAGAAACUGUUAAUUAAUGUAGAAACCGUAAUGCAACUACACCGGAUUAGUAUAAGAUAGAAAGAAGGAAACCACCAGUUGAUUAACAGUGUGAUGUUAAUACAAUAUGCAAGCUAAGAUGCCAGACUGGGCAGGGGUAGCUAGAUGGUAGCUUAUUCAACCAAUACCCAUCCUCCCUGGGCAUAUAUAUCAUCCGCUUCUCUCACCAGGCUACGAGUUGCUGGAGAGCACAGAUGCCGGGCAGCCCCCAAAAACCCAUUCCAAGGUUGCCCUAGGAAUAUCAGACGAGGGUGCCAGUGUGGGUAAGUCCAGCAAAAAGGGAUUUUCACACUCUAUUUAGCUUUUAGAGCAGGAUCAAGCAGAAGCCCAAGCACUCUGUGACCAUCCCGCGCCUUCCCUUCCCUUUUUUUAACCCAUAACUAGCAUAACAAUAAACCCCCAAUUGUCUACAAACUUCCACCCACCCUAGAUACAGAAAUAAAUAAAUAUAAUAAAUAAAAGUUAACCCUCAGGGGUAAAAAAAACAAAAAUAAAACGAUCACAGUAAAAAUGCAGUCAGUGAUCAAAGGACAAGGAAGGGGUUACAUUUUAUUGGAAAGGGGUAAAUGGGGUUGUAAAUUUAGCUUAAAACAUUUUUUUCCCAGCAGUCCCUGGAGCACAUAUGAUCGCUCUGACUGGCUGGGACAGUGUGAUUGGCUGGUUAAUUUUAGUAAAUGAAAGAAAUUUUCUGUCAUGCAUCCUUAAUAAUAGGACUGCCAUGAUGGAAAUUUUCCAUCUAGCAUCGGGAAGAAGUUAAUGCUUCUUCUUCCACACAUUAUUCGAUCACUUAUUCCAAAAAUUUAUAUUCUGGUCUUGUCACUCAAGAUAACCAUUGUUCCUCACACAAAUAACAUGGUUCUUAGCCCAUUCUUGUCUCUUCCUUCUUUUGUACAAGAGAUAGAAAUGACUUUGUGACGGAGCUCCUUGUACACCGGCUGGAUACCUCUGCCAAGUCCGCUUCCUAGCCGCUUACAGGGACCCUGUCGUCCCCUCUGCCUAUUCUGCAGCAGCUCUGCUUACAGUGAUUUAUAGUUAUUGCCUUUACAAAGGGUCUCAGGCCUAGCUCUUUUGAUUUAUCCCAGGGCUAGAGGGAUCCUGCAAACAGGUCCGGAGUCUCUGUCACUAGGAUCCCAACAAAUCCACAGAGGACACAAGUUACAAUAGGAACUGACAUACAAAACUUUAUUUCUCUUGGGACUAGCCCAUAUGAUUACAUUAAGCCUAAUUUGACAGCUUAAUAAAAAUACAAACUCUCAAAUCACAUUAGAUAACAUACAGGAACUUAUAAUAACAUAAUGACAUUUAUAAAGGGGUGGGAAAGACAAUAACACAAAACAUCUCUCGCAGAAAUAGCAAUAUGCAAAUCUAUGUGAAUAUGCAAAUUAGCAAUCCUUUCUAUUCAGGUAGUGCAUACAGCGGUUGCUAGAUCCUUGCAACCAACAGGUGGCGCUGUACAGGCUCCACAGCUCAAUCCACCUAGUUGAUUGCAUGCAUUAGCAAUACAGGAGAGCACACUAAACAAUUACAUUACCCACACUCUGCACCUAUAAUGGGUACAGGGUGACUAAAACAUAAAAGUCCCGCAACGUACAUAAAUAGUCUGUCUGUCUGGUCCAGGUGAUGGUCACAGACUUAAUUAACAUUUUUGAAUUUACGUUUAACAGUCCUAGCACUUGUAUACAAACCACUUUAAGACAAUUCAUUUUUAAUUUAUUGAUUGAUUAAUUUGAUUAUUUUCGUCUGUCACUUAAGCACAGUGUUUUAAUUUUGCUAUCACUACUUGCUGUUGUGCACCUAAUCCCGCUUUUACGAGUUUAUGGAAUGAAGAGUCUGCAGUUACCUCUUGCACAAUGUGGAAAAACUCCUUUGGUUAAACUUGUUCAUAAAUGUAGCCUUCUUCACUCAGUUAUUAUAUUACACCUCUUUCUAGCUGAUCAGUCAGCUCUUUUCUCUCUUUUUUUGACAUCAUACUAAAGCCUUAAAUUAAUAUUGUUGGAUAGGUUUCCAUAUGAUUACAUCUUUUUGGAUAAAUUUUUCAACAUAUUAAAAUAUCGAAAAUAUAUAAUUUAUCAAAAUAUUAACAAAUAAAAAACAUUUUCAUUGCAUUAUUCGUUUAAAAGAUUAUCUAAAAAUAUUAAAUCAUUUGGAAAGCUUGCCAAAAAAUGAUAAAUUGAGCUGUUACUGGAAGAAUAACAGGAACAAACCGCAGAAGCCACACAUAGAAAUAUGGACACAAGUCUUCAGGAAGUAAGAGGCCUUUAUUCACGUACCGAUCGGGUCUCAGAUGGACUAAUGUUCCACAACAGAUCUGAGCCCAGAACACAUGGAGUACAUUCCUUAUAUAGCAAUAUAGCUCCUCCCAUAAAUAGCUACACCCACACAUACCCUUAACCAAUCAAAGAACAGAGUCUGGACUUGCUCAUCUGGUCAGACCACAUGGCUCAUCCCAAACAAAGGAGAAAGGAGUGUGAUUUCAGUUCCUACAUUCCUGCACAUGCUCAGUACAUUGAUUACAGUAUCUUAGCUACAUGUGACUAACAGAUACAACAAACACCUGUACUUGUAUAUGCCACAUGGAGAUUUCAGGCCUACUAAAUUUUGAACCAUGUUGAAAUCCCAUCACAGAGCCCUGCUGAACAGCUUACUUUCAGAGUUAUCAAGGUGACUUUAAAGUGAAUUUCAAAUUUAAGGUAAAAAGUUGAACUGGAAAAAUGCUCUAAGCUAGCUAUGCUUUUCAUUUAGCUACUCUUUAAAGGGACACUAUAGUCACCAGAACAACUACAGCUUAUUGAAUUUGUUCUGGUGAGUUGAAUCAUUAUCUUCAGGCUUUUUGCUGUAAACACUCUCUUUUCAGAGAAAGUGCAGUGUUUACAUUACAGCCUAGUGAUAACUUCACUGGCCACUCCUCAGAUGGCUUUUAGAGAUCCUUCCUGGGUCGUGGCUGCCUAAAAUGCAUCCAAACAUUCAGUAUCUCCUCCCUCUGCAUGCAGACACUGAACUUUCCUCAUAGAUAUUCCUUGAUUCAAUUCAUCUCUAUGAGGAGAUGCUGAUUUCCAGGGCUGUGUUUGAAUUGUGCUGGCUCUGCCCCUGAUCUGCCUCUUUGUCAGUCUCAGCCAAUCCUAUGGGGAAGCACUGUGAUUGGAUCAGACUACCACUUCUGCUGAUGUCAGCAGACUUUUUUUUUUUUUUUUAGGAAAACAGCAUGCAGAUCUACAGCUUCUGGCUUGAAUACUGUAAGAUUUUGCUAUGUUUAUGGAGGCAUGAGAGUUCCAGGGGGGCUAGGUGGUGUUUUUAACACCAUAGGGUCAGGAAUACAUGUUUGUGUUCCUGACCCUAUAGUGAUCCUUUAAUGCUGAUAUUUGAAAUUACUUUGAAUUUACUUUAAAUUCUCACAAUAGUAAAUAACCCUGUUGCGACCAUUCAGACUGCAGAAUCCAAAUAUUCUUCGCGCUGUUUAACAGUGUUUAAAGAAUUAAGUCUGGAUUUCAGUCUUCCGGGAUCAAAUCCAAACACAGACCCAGAUUUAAAAAAAAUAUCCAAACUAUUUGCCUGCUGGCAGUGCAGGGGUUAAUCAUGUGACAGUUCCUAUUUAGUUUUAAAAUGUGAAAGCACUGGUUGUAAUCUGAACACUGAAUGACAGUGAUUGCUGCAGAUUCACUAAGGCAGACUUAAUCGUAACUGUAUUUAGCUUUAGUAAAUAUGAGAAUUGCCAAUGAGGUUGGAAUUUGGUAAUUGUCAUUAUUUAGUGAAUAAUUAUCAAGGAAUAGAAAAAUCGGUUAACAACAAAAACUCAACUUGAUAACCCUCACACAACUGAAUAGGAUUCCUAUUAGCCCUGGUACAUGGGCAUUUGAACUGAUUGGUCAGUUUUGAUAGAGAGGGACACUAUAGUCACCAGAACAACUACAGCUUAAUGUCACUGCCGUCUUUAACGUGGGGCAAACAGGGCAGUUGCCCUGGGCCCAGUUGCUCCUGGGGGGCCCAGAGCAGCUGCCCUGUGGGCACUGCAAUUUCCGCAGACCCAUGGACCUUGCGGUGCCGCACUGGCCCGCACACUAAGGAGGCCCCCUGGGUGGCCUAUGCCCUAAGGGCCACCCAAUGAGCAUGUGUCAGCAGGGGCCCAGUCGGGCGCUGUGAUGCUUAAGCAGCGUGACCGGGUCCCUUCCUGUUUGGCAGCUGGCUGGGAGGAAGUGAGUGCCGUGCGUCUCUUCCUCCCACCGGAGAUAAUAGCCGCGUGGGAGGAGGAAGGCAGGGAGGAGGGAAGUUCUAGAAGAUAACUGCCACUGAAUCCCAGGGAAACCACCCUCCAGAAAAAGUAAGGGUGGUUGAAUAUUAUAGAUGGCCCUGCUUAAUGUAUUUGUUCUGGUGUCUACUGCCUGUCCCUGGCUUUUUAAUGUAAACACUGUCUUUCAGAGAAACUGCUUAAUAAAACAGCUGCUUAAAUCUCUGCCAUUGUGGGUUAAAAGGACACUAUAGACCUGGACCACUUCAUAUAAUUGAAGUGGUCUCGGUGCAGAGUUCCUGUCCCUUUAACCCUGCAAGUGAAAACAUUGCAGUUUUAGAGAAACUACAAUGUUUACAUUGCAGGGUUAAGGCUGCCGUAGUGGCUGUCUCCCAGACAGCCACUAGCAACUCUGCCUGAUGUUUGAAGGAGUUUAACCCCUUAAGGACCAAACUUCUGGAAUAAAAGGGAAUCAUGACAUGUCACACUUCAUGUGUCCUUAAGGGGUUAAAGGAGCACUAUAGGGUCUGGAACACAAACAUUUAUUCCUGACCUUAUAGCGUUAAAACCACCAUCUGGCCCCCUCUUGCCUUCCUAAAUAUAGUAAAAUCAUAUUUGUAUUCAAGUCUGAAUAUGCUGCCUCUGCCUGUGAACUCACUCUGUCUGCUGACAUCAUCAGAAGUGGUGGUCUGAGCCAAUCACAAUGCUUUCCCAUAAGAUUGGCUGAGACUGUCAAUGAGGCAGAUCAGGGGCUGAGCCAGCAUAAGUCAAAUACAGCCCUGGCGAAUCGCAUCUCCUCAUAGAGAUGAAUUGAAUUAAUGCAUCUCUAUGAGGAAAGUUUGUGCAUGCAGAGUGUAGACACUGAAUGGCAGUACUGCUUACUCUGUAGCACUGCCCAAGGAAGCAGCUUUAGCAGCUAUCUGAGGAGUGGCCAGUGAUGUUAUAACUAGGCUGUAAUGUAAACACUGCACUUUCUCUAAAAAGACAGUGUUUACAGCAAAAAGCCUGAAGGGAAUGAUUCUACUCACCAGAACAAAUUCAAUAAGCUGUAAUUGUUUUGGUGACUAUAGUGUCUCUUUAAUGUUAUGAAAAUCCCCAUUGGAAAGCAGUGAUUAAAUGUUUUGCUAUGGGGAAACCUAAUGCGCAUGCCCGUUGCUGUGAUGUCGUGGGAGGAGAUAGAUCCAGUGCCAAAGGACCGCGGCACUAUCAGGUAGUGAAAAAAAGGGUUGUGUUUUUUUGUGUUUUUGCCCCAAACUCAGCUCAGGAUUCGGGAGCUCAGGCACCACAUGUAUGCUCAGCUUUACACUCCACCCCCCCCUCUCCCCUGGAAAAAGGGUUUUUAACCCUUUCAUUGCAGGUGGGCUACACUAUUGUGUUGAGAAUAAAGGUUUGUAUUCUUAACACUAUAGUGUUCCUUUAAAUCACUUUAUUUCUGCAGUCCUAGCCACACUUUCUCCUCACCUCAUUUUUCUCUUUGCUUUGUACCCUUAGUGUGUGGUGAGCCAGGGUGCAACAGUUAUUGCCUUCAUACAGCAGUCUCUUCUUCAGUUUCCACAUGGUUCAACCUCUGUGUGUGCAGGGUGCGGAACCAUGACCUUACAUUCCCUUCCCACUACCAUGCACACACAGGAAGUACUUUCCAGCAUAGAGAAUGUGUAUUGGCAAGAGCAAAGUGGUGGAAAGGCAAUGCACAAUACUAUAUCUGAAGCUGGUGGGGCACUGGGAUGGCUGGUCUGGUCGGCCCUGUGGUAA